AUAGAUAAUAAAUAGUAGUUAUAAUCGAAACUUAUAAUGACAAUUUGUGGAGUUAUUGGUUGCUCUAGUAAUGACAAAUCUGGUUCUCACAUAUCAUUUCAUAGACUACCUUCGGAUCCAACUACAGCAGAUUUAUGGAAAAAGGCUAUUGGAUUAUAUAAUAUCUCCAAAAACACUAAAAUAUGUUCCCUACAUUUUAAUUCUUCUUGUUUUGACAAGUCGAAAGAACAAGUAGUUACACCAACUUCGAAAAGAAGAUUUCUUUUUCCAAAAUCAGUGCCUACUUUAUUUCUUGGAAGAAAUAAUUUGGCUAAGGUGGAGAAACUUGAAAAAGAUUACAGCCUGACUAAGGAAUCAAUUGGUACAUCAGGUACGAGUCGUUAUUCUGAUGUCUCAAAGGACUACAAGAACGAAGUAAACUGUGAAAAAAUAGAUAGUAGAGUUAUAAAUAUUCCUGAUAGAAAAUUAAAUGAUAGUUACCAAUAUAGUCAUCAAUCCUCUAAUAUAAGCCCUAGUUCACCCAAGAAUAGCCAUAAAGGAAGAUCAAGUCUCAGACAUACAGUAUUUGACACAAAUCAUUAUAAUUUUUCAUCUCAAUCAGAAAAUGAGAAAUACUCAAAAAUUAAGAAUGAAAGUAUGAUAAUAACGCAUAAAACUUCGCCAACCUCUUUUCCAGACUCUAGAAAAUUAUCACAUCAAAAGUUUUAUGAAGAAAAUAUAAAUUAUAAUCUGCACUUUCAAGAUUUGCAAAAAAAAUCCAUAUCUUCAAGAAAUACAACAAGAACAGAAGGACCAGAAAUAAAUAUUCUUACUAAAAAAGGUAGUGUUUCUGAGUCCAUAUUACUACAGGGAAAUGUUACAGAGGAUUCAAAUAGCAGUACUCAUAGUCAACAGAAACCUUUUUAUCAUUCAACUAAAGAAAAAUAUGAUUCACAAAAAAAUGAGGAUUUAGUUCAACAAAAAAUGUUACUUAUGCAGUAUAAAAAAAACAAUGCAAUUCUUGCUCAAAACAUCAGCACUCUUUAUAUGCUUAACCAAUUAAACACUGCAACAAAUAUACCUGUAAUGGGAAUAAAUCCUCAGUUAAUUUCACCAAUAAGUCCACUCACAGCAGAUUCUAACCAAACUGUUUUACCUUUUGCCUCAUUUGGGCCAAGCUUAAACCAUGUUGUUUCACCCAGUAAUGUGUUUUCUUCUGACUUUAAAAGUCAAUCUAAUUUAUUUGCUUCAUUGGUUUCUCCGUGUAAUAAAUCUCAAUUCUCACCUCCUGCAUCAGAAAUAUACCUGAGAAAUUUAAAACAAAAAACAGAUAAAUUAAGUUCUCCACCUCAAUCUUUUCCACCUGCUUCAGAGGUUUAUCUGAAAAGUUUAAAACUAAAAACAGAUCAAUUAAAUUCUCAAAAUCAGCCAUCUUGCUUGCCAUCUGGAUAUGACAGCAGCAUGAUUAAUAAAAUUCAAUUCACAGAUGUAGAAGAGUUAAUUUUCUUAAAGAACGCUGUCGAUAGUACUCUGCAGAAAAAGUUUUCAGGUUCAGAAAAUAAUCUUUCUGCAUUAAAUAUAGAUUUUGAUGGACAAUCUGCAACACAUUCAGUAAAAUCUUUGUCCAAGCCUUCAGCUUUUUAUUCAAAACCAUCUGCUCCAUCAGAAAAUAAAUCUAGUUCUUCGAUAAACCUCACGAAAAAUUCCUUAGUUUCAUCAAAUGAAAAACCGAGUAAGCUUUCACUUUCAGAUUAUCAUAGCCGUCGCAAUCAAUGGAAUUUCAAUGAGCCUACAAAGUCAUCAUCAAUGUCACUAAAUGAUAAUCGACUUCUGAAAAGUCAAUCACAAUCAAUUACAAACAGUUUUAACACAGAUCAAACACCGCCUGUAAAAUUAGCUUUAAAUGAAAAACUCUUAACAGUUAAUAAAAUACCUGAACCAUCUAAGAUUGAUUCAUCUAAAGAGACAUUUUGUACCAAUAGCACUGAUUUUUCUGAUGAAAAAAAAGAAAACACACAUAUUGAAGAUGAAUACCUGGAAUUUAUGAAAAGCAUAACUGGCCACGACAUUAUAGAUAAUAAUAAAGAUGAUAAGGACACUCAUGACAAAGACACUCAGUCAUCUCCCAUUUUAAAUAAGGUACAAUCUCUUCAAUAUUUGCCUGAAAAUAAAUCUGAUACAUUGUUAAAAAAUAAUAAUAAGGUUGUUGAACAGUUUGCAUUUAACAGUAUCAGAGCAGAUACACCAUCAGCUACAGUUACAUUGCAACAAGCCAAAAAUUCAAGUAAAAUCAAGCAAUCUAUAACAGAAAUGCAACUUUUUAAUAAUAAUAAAUCACUAUCAGAAAAGAGUGAGAGUGUUUUAAAAAUUGAACCUGAUGUUGCAAAUAAUGUGUCACCAUUUGUAUCAACAACAAAAGCUAGCGAAACACAAGUUACAACAAUGGAUACAUCAGAAGCAAAAAAAACGAAUAUGCAACAAAAAACAAAAUACACGAAACCUCUUGUCCUAGCAAAAUCAGUUGAAACAAUGUCAGUUCCUGUUAAUCCCAAAAUAGAGAAAACAUCCCAGUUGGGUAAAAAUAAAAAUAAUAUAGUGAAAGUAAUGCAGCAACAAAAAGGUGCUGCGAAGGUUGAAAAAAAAUUUCCAAAUCAAGUAAAAGGAGACAAAAAAAUGCUCUUUCAACAGAAAGCAGAUGUAAAAGCCGAAAAAGGCUCUCAACAGCACCAACAAAAAGGUGAAGAUGUAGUGAAAUUAAUCUUACAGCUGCAACAGCAAAAGGAUAAUGCAAAAAUAGAGAAAACAAAACAACCACUCCAGCAAAAAGAUAAUUCAAAAAUAGAGAAAACACAGCAACCACUCCAGCAGAAAGAUAAUUCAAAAAUAGAGAAAACAAAACAACCACCCCAACAGAAAGAUUUUUCAAAAGUAGAGAAAAUACCUCAGCAACACAAACAGAAAGCAGAUGAAAAAAUAGAAAAGACAACACAACUCAACCAUGAUAAAGGUUAUGAUAUAGUAAAGUUAAUUUUACAGCUCCAGCAACAGAAAGACGAUGCAAAAGUAGAGAAAGUAACACAACCCCACCAACAAAAAGCUGAUGAAAAAAUUGAUCAAGCAUUACCCAAUCAACAAAAAGCUGAUGAUAAAUUAGAAAACCCGAGUCAGAAAGGCGAUAAAGUAGUAAAGUUAGUCUUGCAGUUGCACCAAAAAAAAGAUGAUGCUAAAGAAACUGUAAAUAAUGAAAAAAGCUCACUUUUAAAAGACAAAGAAUUGAAUCCCCUAGAUAUACCAACUUUAAACAAAAAGAAAUCAUUAGUAACUGACCAAUCAGAAAUGCUUCCAGCUAAGAAGAGAGUAAAAACAGAUAUUCCUUUACUUACAGCUGGUAAAAUUGAUAAGCCUGUUAAUUUAUGUUCAUUUUUAAAAACUCAAGUUAAAGAAAUAAUAAAUAAAAAAGAUAUGGCAAAAAGUUUUGCUAAUGGAAGCAAAAGCAAUAUCAAUAAAAUUGAUACAGUUUUAGAAUUAAAAACAAACCAAGACAACUUAACAACUAAUAUCAUAGAACCUAGUAAAAAUAUCAAAAAAAGUUCAAAAAAAGUUGAUAAAACGGCUAAAAUAAACCAACAAAUUUUAACAACUAAACCAACAGAAUCCAAUAAAGAUGAUUUAACAAAUACCACAGCAGAAUAUAAUAAAAAUGAUAAGAAAAGUCAUAUUGACACAACUUCUGAAUUUAAUCAAAAAAGCUUAAUAAAUAACAAAUCUGUUAAAUGUAAAUUGCUUUCUGAAGAAGGAAGUAAUCAUUCUGAUUUCUGUAAAAAGGUCCCAGAAAAAGCAAAUUUAAAACUUGUAAUCAAGACCAAAGGUCAUGUCACAGAGCUAUUGUGUAAGCCAAAUGCUAUUGGUAAACCUAAUUCUGUUACAGAAACAUCAGCAGUGUCUAUUGAUUCAGAAAAAAUAAAUAAGGAAGAAUCUCAAAAGAUUAGUAAUACAGAGUUUGAUCCAGAAGUUGAACCUCUUGUAUUGGGAAAACGAAGGUCAAAAGCAACUCUUAAAAAGAAAGCUUACUACGAAUACCUUAGAAAAAGAGAGGCAAGGCAUAAAGCUGCAAAAGAAGCUGCAGAGAAGCAGAGGAGAUUAGCGGAUGCAGAAAAGAAAGCCAAGCAUUUAAAAAAAAAAGAGGUUUUAAAGCAUAAUCAAACCUUACAUGCAAUUAAGAAUAACGAAACUCUAAAACCAUUUGUUUCGGUUUCAAAAGAAGAUAACAAUAAUGAUGAUGCUAAAGUUUCAUUUACCCAUCCUUCUAAUGAUUUAUUUACUCUUAUUCAAUCUCCUGAUUCAAAUCAAUCUGUUUUCCAAAAAGGUGUAACUUAUCAAUGUAAAAAAUGUGAGGAUUGUUUUACAACCAUUAGUUCACUCACUAAACAUUUACUUGUUCAUGAAAAAUUAUCGAAUCUUGAGCAAAUUAAAAAUUUCAACACACCAAAUGACAAAAAAACAUUUGUUUGUGUACUGUGUCCUAAAUUACAUGAUACACAUUUUGUUACUAUUCAAGAUUAUUGUUUUCAUUUAAUGAGUCAACACAGCUUAAGUUAUGAAAAAGCUUCUGACACUAUUAUAAAGAACAACCUAAUGCCAAAACAUCCAAAAAAAUUUCCUAAAUCUAAGAAGAAAAAUUUAGAUAUAAGGCCUUUGUCAGGAUCUGAAGUUCUUUCUCAAAAUGAAGCAAAUAACAAAAAGCCAAACGGAGCUUCAAAAAUAAUCAAAGCAAAAGAAGUUGUCAUGAGAAUUAAAAAAUUGAAUCUGGAAAAUCAGCUGAAAUCUGUAAAUAAUUUUAAAAUUAACAACGAGCGAAUUCCUAAUGUUCAAGUAUCACAUGAAAAUGAAAAUAUAAACUCUACUGUUUCCUCUCCUUCUGAUGCAGUUUCAAAUAGUAGAUCUAGCAGUGAUGUAAGCAAAACAUUUUAUGAUCAAAUUGAAUCAGUUUAUAGUGUAAACACAAAUCAUGUAAAGAAUGACAAACAAGAAAUUAGUGAUCUUGAUUUACCAUUAAGUGAGUUGUCACUGAAUAAACAGAGUAUUUUGGAUGUUAGCAAAGUAAUUCCAGAAAAUGUGUUUGAGUCUCAAACAUCAAAGAAAGUUACUAAUUCUAAAAAUUGUGAUCCAUUUGUUGAUACAAUUAAAGGGUUUGAUAAUAAAGAGGAAGAAAAAGAUAGAAUUAAGUCCCAAAUUAUUAGUGCUGAAAGAACAGCCAGAAUGUUAGUAAGAAAUCAACGUAAAAAUUUAUCUAAGACACACAAAAAUGUCCAUAGCUCAUCAGAUUCUAGGAAAGAUUAUAUUACCAUUGAACAGUUGGAUGCAUUGAAGGUAAAAGUACGUGUUAAAACAACUAUGGCAAAUGAAACAGUCAGUAUAAAUGGUAGCUCUGAAGCAGACAAUUUAGUCAUAACAAACAAACGGUCAAAGAAAUCAAAGAAGCGUAAGUUAAAUCAUAAAAAAACAUCUAAAAAACCAAGUGACCAACCUGUGAAAAAAAGGAAAAAAUAUUAUGUGUAUGAACACGAGUUGUACAACAUGCAAAUAGAGCCAAAUUUAAUAAAUUCAUUUAGCAUUGAUAGCAGUAAUUUUUCUAAAACUUCAGACUUCAAUUCUGACACUGAUUUUACUAACCUGUCAGGGCUGUUUAAUGAAAGUGAGAAUGAAAAAAUUUUAGCUACUUACAAAAACUUUCUCUAUGAUCCAGAUUAUGACUAUAAAAGCCAAACUGAAGAUGUUUUUGUAAGUGAGGAUAUUUUUUUAACUGAAGAUGAAAUUACAUCAAGUUUGCUUACUCUUAAUGACAACUCUAUUGAUGCUGAUACAUUAGAGAGAAUACAUGAAAGUUAUCUUCGAAUUGUUCAGUUUGAUGUCAAGCAAACCCUUGAUGAUAUUAUUACACUUGUUACAAAACAACUUGAAGCAAGCAUCAAGCCAGAUGAAGUCUGUCGAAGUAUGACUCCCUGCCCUUAUCAGGAUCAUGAAUACUUUUUUCAAUCUAAAAUUGAUUUUCAAAUAAAUACUUCUAAAGGAUCUGGAAAUAUCAACAUUCUUUCAAAUGCCGUGUGUGAUGAUGCUGAUCAAAACAAAACAAAAGACCAAGAAUUUCAAUGUGAAAAGAUUUGCUUACAGUUUGUUGAAUCUCCAUCAAUUUCUCAAAUAGAAUCUAUAUUGUGUCCUAACGUAAAAAUCUCAACAGGUUCUCACAUUGAUUCUUUACCGUGCUCUUACACGGAUGUUUCUUGCAUUGAAUCUUCAUUAGAAUCUCAUUAUAAAUCUCUAUCAGGUUCCCAAAUUGAAUCUGCAUCAACUCACAAUGAAUCAGAUUUUAAUAUUGAACCAUUAGAUUUUAAAACAAAAAUAAUUGAAGGUAAAUUUUCAUAUGUAAGCUCUAAGUUCCCAAUUAGCCCAAUCGAGAACAAUUUUAAAACUGCUACUGUUAAUAGUGAAAAUAGUGAAGUUUUAAUCAAUGAUCUUCAUUCUGGUGAUUUUAAUGUUUCUGAUGUUCAACAUGAAAUUAAAUCAUUGCUGAAAGAACUACUUGAUAACAUAUUGAAUCCGUGUAGUGAACUUUUUGAGAUUUCAAAGAACGCAAGUUGUUCAAACAAUACUACAACAGAUGCAAUAUUUGAUUGUUCUGACAAAUCAACUUUGCAUGUUCAAUGUUGCCUCGAAACGGAAGAUAUCUCAAUUUCAUCCAAAUGCUUAAAUAAAUUCGAAAAUGAUGCUGAUGCUAUAGAAACAAAAAUACAACUAAAUAGUUGCAUCUUUGAAAAUUCCCCAUUCACUAAAGAAGAUGAAACAAUAGGCAUUUCUAAAAAGAAUUUCGAUCCAUCAGAUUUUCAGAAGGAGCAAAGAUGCCCGGAAUCUAGUUUAAAGAAUUUGUAUAAUUUAAAUGAGCCGUUUAGUAUUGACUCAAAAACUUUAAUUAACUUUGAUAUGAUGUCUCCCAUCCAUCCUACGAUUCAUAUUGCUAAUAAUUUUGGCAAUCAAUUUCAUUCGUCAUUAGUAAAUGAACCUUUAAGCAAAUCGAUUGAAAAAGAAAAUUUCUUUUUUAAUUCUAGUAUAAAUAUCAAGCAAGAGAUAUUUGAUGAUGAGGAUGAUGAUGAUGGGAUUGAUAUCCAUAAAUUCGGUAUGCAAAAUUUCUCACAAACAGCGUUGACUUACUUUACUAGCGUAGAAGUUAAAGAGGAAAAAGCAAAGCUUUUUUCAUGCCCUAGAAAAAGACUUUAUUCAUGCGAUAAGUAUAACACUUGCUCUACAAAAAAUAUUAAAAAUAUGGAUUCAUAUUUGCAGCAAGACUGUUUCUAUAAUAGCAAAGCUUUCAAAAAAAAAAAUGAUGCUCUAAAACAUCAAUAUACUCGUUAUAAAAACUCUAUUUCGGCAUGUUGUGAGUGUCAAAACACGGUCAAAUUUACUAAAUUAAAAGAUACUCGACUUUUGUCUUCCUUAGAAGCUCAAGAAGUAUCAUUUGAAAACAGUACUCGAAAGAAGCAUACUUGUAAAAAAUGCAAUGCACAGUUUCCUUCUCAUAAAAUUUUCUGUCGACAUCAAAUGUUCUUUCAUAGAAAUAGUUUAAAUGACUGUAAAUGCUUGAUAUGUGGUCAGUCGUUUCUUAGACGAUUUUAUUUACAUUCGCAUUUAAAAAAGCAUAGCGAAUUUCGACAUAGAUCUACUUUAACUCUGUAGCUUAUUUUCUUUUAUUAUUUGUUACUAACAAAGUCAAACAGUUUUCUUGAUUAUAUUUUUUAAAGUAUCUGCGUUAUAAUUAUAACGGCAACUUUUUAUCCUUUUUUUAUAUAUAUUAAGUAGACCCGAGUGUAAAUAUUUUUUCAUUUUAA